CAUGCGGCGGCACCAUGGGUUUGAUGGAAUUCUACCUGGAGAUUGACCCCGUCACCCUGAACCUGAUCAUCCUGAUCGCCAGCUACGUCAUCCUGCUGCUCGUCUUCCUCAUCUCCUGCAUCCUGUACGACUGCAGGGGGAAGGACCCUACCAAGGAGUACGCCCCAGAGCCCCCCGCGCCCCCCAGCCAGUCCCCCAUACGCCUGGUGGUCAUGCAGAACUCCCCGGCCACCUCCCGCUGCGACCAGAACAACGCCGCCGGACACCUGGAGGGCCCCCCACCCCCCACCCCGGACCCGGGGAGGGAGAAGAGGAGCACCCUGGUCUGA